UAAACGCUCAGGACAAUGAAGAUCACGUUCCUCUCCACUUCUGCGCUCGCUUCGGUCACCAUGAGAUUGUGCGUUUUCUUCUGCAGGGCAACUUUGACGUGCAACCUCACUCUGUCAACAUCUACGGGGACACACCAUUGCACUUGGCCUGCUAUAAUGGAAAAUUUGAGGUGGCGAAGGUGAUCAUACAACUUUCUGGCACCGACAGUUUGUCAAAGGAGAACAUUUUCAGCGAGACGGCACUUCACAGUGCAUGCACCUAUGGAAAAGACCUGGAGAUGGUCAAGUUCUUGCUGAGCCAGAAUGCGAUGAGCAUCAACAAUCAGGGCAGAGACGGACACACAG